AUGGCUGAUAUUUUCUUCAAUAUUGCUCGCAAAGAGCUGAAAAAUGUACAAAUUGCUCAAGUUAAUCAACUCUUUCAAGGUUUGAAUUUACUUUGCACAUACGGCCAGAGCCUCUGUGAGUUAAGUCGAAUGCUAAUGAGGAAAAAUGUAAACAAUGAUGUCAGCAAAGAUUCACCUAUCAGCUACAUGUUUUAGGUAAUAAGAUUAGCUACAUUGCAAUUAUGUUUCAAUUUGUAAUUUUGUUAAAGUUUUGGGGUCAUCUGCAUGUGAUCUUGCUAGUCUGAACAGGGAUCGAAAUUAAAAAGAUCCCCAGGUUGUCUUUUGGCGAUCAACUGGAGAAGUAUAGUUGCCAGAUGCAGAUUUUUAAGUCACCAGUUUAAAUAAUUUAAAUGACUCAGCUCAUAGUAUGGCGCGAUCCAUCAGAUUUGAUUGUUGAAAAUUUCGGAGACAGAAGUCGGUAUAAAUUUGGAGGUGAACUGGCUUUGUUUAUGUGAUUUGGCACAUUUUUUAUGAUGAAAGCAAAGCAAGAUAAGAUGAAAUGUUUGUUUUAACUUUACUCUUUUAAUUUAAAUCUAAAUCAUAAAGAAAUCUGGUCGCCAAUGUGGCGACUAAACCAGAAAAUUUAGUCUGCAAGGAGAAAAUGUUUGUCCCAUUGGCGACCGUAUCAGUUGCAAUUUCGAGCCCUGCUGAAAAAGGUGUGGCUAGUUUCCAGAUCCCUGACCCUGUAGCCUUGUUGUGAUCUACAGGUUGAUUCCUGAAACUUUUAUUUUAACUGCCUCGUUGUGUGUAAAAUAAAAUUCACCUACUGUCUCUUUCUUCACUAUUAAUAAUAAAUUGUUUUUGUUUUAUUAGCCAGAGAUGUUUCUGGACCCAGAUUGGACUGGGGAUGCCGAGUAAGUUAAUGUUUUUAUUUAUAAAAUAGGUAGAAGUAACUGUGGUGAUAAUACUAAGAUUAUUACAAUUAUCUUAUCAUGCAGAAACCUGAUAUCACACUGUAUUGACCUGCUGAAGGCGUGUCAUAUUCUCACGGGACGGCUUGUGUCCUAUACCAUGGAUAGUUCAGCAAAUGUCAAAUCACCAAAUGAAAUGGUAAACAUCGUUACCGCUGCCAAGGAUAUUCAACCAAGGUAAUGAUUAAUUAACAGAGACAUAUUCACUAUUGGUACAUGUGGCAUUUGUUUUUUCUCAACUGUUGUUGUGAUGUUAUUAAUUGCAUAUUUGUAAAUAUAGUGUACUUUUUUUAUCAGAGUGGAUAACCUUGUUGAAGCUAUGUAUACACCAUCAGAUUCUAAGCAAAUUGAAGAGAGGUAAAGCAAGAAUGCAGUUUUCAUUGUUGAAAAUAAUACCGCAAGGCCUAGCCUGUCACUAUGACAUUUGUCUUUAGCCCUGUAAACCAGGCAGAAAACUGACCCACAACAUAUCUUCCACAAGCUAGUUGCAAGGAUAAGACCAUUUUUGAUACAAGAACAGAAAAACAGAUGCAACAGGACGUCAUAGGCGUGUAAAUAAGUAAACUUAUAGUUUGUGAUGGUCAUCAGAAGUGACUACCUGGUUACUUCAAGUUGGGCAGUUAAUUCAAUAAUAUUGAUACUUCUUCCUUGUACAAGAAAACAACUUCCAGCAGCUUUUUUCACAUCUUGUACUUCAAUCUUGUUUGUGAUAUAUGCAAAGCUAUGUAAAAGUAUUAAUGAUUACCGGCAUACAACAGAAGAAAGCAUGGUUCCCUUCUUACAAUGAAUCAAUGACUGAAAAUUGUGGGCUCUUAAACACAGGCAAACCAAAACUGAGCUGAUCAAAUCCAACAGUUUAUGAUGCCCGUGCACUUAUUUUGGUUCCUGGUAUGGAAUACAGCAAUAAUUAAUUGUAAUAAAUUUUGUUAUACUACAGUGAGUGAAGCAGAAUAUGACUGUGCAUUAAUUCUCCAUUGGUAUUUUAGGUCCACUGCCCUGUACAAAUCAGUCUGCCAUUUACUCCAGGUAAAUUAUAUUGCUAAAUGAGUGACUCAGGGUUUUAUAGUGUAAGCUGCGGGGCCUGAAUAUGCUUGUAUUCUGUCACAAGUAUAGGAGCACUUUCUGCUGAUUAUUGGCAAGUAAACUGUUUUUUCUCUUUUUGCUCUCUAUUGGCUGGUAUAGAACAAAAGCAGAACAUUUUAUAAAGGAACACUUUGAUUGUGUUAUCUAUUGAUUAAUACCCUAUUGUAAGCGUUUUUUGAAAUAAAAAUGCUCUAUCCUAUUCUAAAAAAUUGGAGUCAAAGAAAAUUUUUUUUCCAAGGUAUUAGAUAGCAGAUAACCACAUCUGAGUAAUCUGCGUUACGCUUGCAAUCUGUUGAUAGGCAUGGAAAUGUAAUUUUUGUACUUUCAGCUAGUUUUCCUCACUAGAUCUAGUAAUAACACUUAAUGUGUACUUUUAUCAGUGAAAUAAAGAUUAUUACCGUUAUUUUUAUUGUUGUUGUUGUUGUUGUUGUGAGGCUAAAGUUUUCACAUGCAGAGAAGUUACAUGUAUUAUUAUUAUUAUCAUUAUAAUUGUUAUUAAGAUGCUUGCAUGUAAACACUGUUUAUCAUUUGCUUGUAAAAGGUCAUCCAAGGUGCAUCCAGCAAGCCAGAGAGCUUUGGUUGGGCAGAUGAGAUUAUUGUUUUCAUGGAAAAGCAUAUGGAAGCCAUGCAGUCUGAGUGCAGUGACUCCAAAUGUUCAUCAUGCUUGUCUAUACAGAGUACAGCAAGUUCUGCCGAGGCAUGUCAGCUCUGCCGACAGCCAGCUAUGGUGAUCACAAACCAAGCAUAUUGUUACUCUUCCCAUAACCCGUCUACUGUACUGUAACUUGUCACAUCACUUAUCUUCAGCAUUAUAGGCUGAUUUAGUAACAGAACGGGAACGUUAUUUUACAACAGAAAAGCGCGCGGAAAGGACUAAACUCAACUUCCGGUGCCGAAUUUGCCUCUCUGUCAUUGGUCUAGACUUUCUCAAAGCCCGUUUCCGCAACUUAUCUCGCUCGUCUCACGACUUCGUCGGUCACUUUCGCUUGCUUCGCGAGCGUCCACAGCGCCUUUGGCACUCACUCAGUUGACUUAUUGCAAGUUUACCAUUGGUCAAGCCAACUGUUUUAUUUCCGCGCGGUCAUCAAUUGACGUUCCUGCUCUGUUGCUAAAUCAGCCAAUUUUUUUCACCAUUGACAAAGUGGAUCACUAAGGCCUGUUUAUAUGAAGAAAACCUCUCCCAGGUAGAAGGGUCACUUUCCCGGCAGCCAAAUCAACUAUUACUUUUUAAAAGGGAGCGUUUAUGUGAGCAAAAAAGUUGACCCCAGAUCCUGGAGCUAACAGCCCUAGUGCUGCAUUCUCCACAUUGUUUCACCUUAACAAAGUUUACCCGACUGGGCGAGCCAAAGGGUUUAUAUAAAGCCGACUGUCCAGCCGGAUCACCCUUUUGUGAUGAUAGAGUGACCCUCCUACAUGCAGAUUUUGUUUCUCAUUUAAAUGGUUUGCCAUGUUUUGUAAGGAAAUGUAUGAUAAGUUGGCUCGCCCGAGGGAGCUCACCUUCACGGAGUUGACUUGACUUGGCAAGCCAAAAUGUUUAUACAUAUAGAGACUGUGGUAGGCUCCCCUUCACGUCAUAGCCAACUUUUUGUUUCUCAUUUAAAUGGUUCACCAUGUUUUGUAAGGUAGGCUCGCUCGGGGUAGCUUGGGUAAGCAGGUGACCCCGUUUUUCCCGGGACAACUUUUCUUCUUACCAACGCGGCCUAAUGAGUAGAUAACCCGACUCUUUUACCAGUAGAAUGUGUGCAUCCACUGAUAUAGGUUCUUGUCUACUGUCCGCCAUAGCCAUCCAGUAGAUUUUCAAAGGCAUGUACCAGUUUUUUAUUUUUUUUGCUGUUGUUAUUGAAAAUUCAUACAUGUUCAUUUUUGAAGUCUGUAGCACCUACCGUCAGCCUUGAAUUUUAGUUAAACAUGUUAAUCUACACGACAAAGGAUGUGGCACAUGCAGGAUUUUGGUCAGCUGGCAUUCAGUUUCCUAUAAUGCCCUUUUUUGUUUUACUUGUGCAUAUAAAUGUGAGAACUGCUGCAUGGCGUGAGAGGUGAAUGUUAAACUUUGGCAAGUUUUUCACCUUACUGGCUUCAAGUUUUCUAAAUUAUAGCAACGAUCAAAGACGACGAAAGCAACGAGUAUGUCAAAAAAGCUAUUCGAUAGGUUUAGUAAAAAAAAAACAAUUUUUUCAUGCAACACACUUUUUGUGCAUUUCUUUGCCGUCUCUGCACGACCACGACGUGAAAUUUUCUUGCGCGAUGCUUUGUGGAGGACUUAGACACACGGGGACGAAUUUUUCUUUCGCUUUCUAAACCUGGGUGCGUCCCCCAGAAUUAAACAUAAGGAAAAUUCACCGACAUUUGACAUUUCAAGUGGGUUAGAGUCAACGCGACAAUGUUGCAAAAACCCCCCUCAUUUUGCGAACUCAUUUUGUGAAGUUUUCGACGCUGUUUCCGUCGUCGUAGCCUCCCCGCAGACGUCCGUUGGGGUUCGUUUGUCACGCAUUCAUUUCUCCCCCACGGAGAGGAGAGAAAUGAAUGCGUGACAAACGAACCCCAACGGACGUUUGAGGGGAGGCUACGUCGUCGUCGUCGUCGUCGUCGCGAAAGCUCACUAUUUUCUGAGGGAUGGACGUUCGUCCAAACACCUUUGGGGGCUUGCAAGAUUACUUGUGGAAGCCCACUUAGUUAUACACAUAUCCUACUCCUCUGAGCCUUAAGUAAAGAGAUACAAUACUGAAUAUACAUGUACAAAAACUCCUUAAAAAGGACAGACAGAAAGUACAGUCACAUUAUCCGGUGGACUUAUAAGAAGGUAAGGUAAAUUUAUGCAACAAGUAGCAAGUUUGAUAAAUAUAAAUGCCUAAGGCAAGGUACAAAAUGUGUGCAUCCACUGAUAUAGGUUCUUGUCUAUUGCUCGCCACAGCCAUCCAGUAGAUUUUCAAAGGCUGCUGUUGUUAUUGAAAAUUCAUACAUGUUCACUUUUGAAGUCUGUAGUACCUACCGUCAGCCUUGAAUUUUAGUUAAACAUGUUAAUCUACACGACAAAGGAUGUGGCGCAUGCAGGAUUUUGGUCGGCUGGCAUUCAGUUUCCUAUAAUGCCCUGUUUUCUGUUUUACUUGUGCAUAUAAAUGUGAGAACUGCUGCAUGGCCUCAUGAGAGGUGAAUGUUAAACUUUGGCAAAUUUUUCACCUUACUGACUUCAAGUUUUCUAAAUUAUAGCAACGAUCAAAGACGACGAAGGCAACGAGUACGUCAAAAAAGCUAUUCGAUAGGUUUAGUAAAAAAAACAAAACAAUUUUUUCAUGCAACACACUUUUUGUGCAUUUCUUUGCCGUCUCUGCACGACCACGACGUGAAAUUUUCUUGUGCGAUGCUUUGUGGAGGACUUAAACACACGAGGACGAAUUUUUCUUUCGCUUUCUAAACCUGGGUGCGUCCCCCAGAAUUAAACAUAAGGAAAAUUCACCGACAUUUGACAUUUCAAGUGGGUUAGAGUCAACGCGACAAUGUUGCAAAAAAACCCCUCAUUUUGCGAACUCAUUUUGUGAAGUUUUCGACGCUGUUUCCGUCGUCGUCGCGAAAGCUCACUAUUUUCCACUUAGUUAUACACAUAUCCUACUCCUCUGAGCCUUAAGUAAAGAGAUACAAUACUGAAUAUACAUGUACAAAAACUCCUUAAAAAGGACAGACAGACAGUACAGUCACAUUAUCCGUUGGACUUAUAGGAAAGUAAGGUAAAUUUAUGCAACAAGUAGCAAGUUUGAUAAAUAUAAAUGCGUAAGGCAAGGUACAAACAAGCUCCUCUGUUAGUAUAAUUAAAAGUUUCUAAAAGAAUAUAUUAAUCUUCAUUUUUACGGAAGGGUGAAAUGGUCAUGCGAGAACCCAAAGAGCGGACAGGUCUGACCUACCUUGACCUUUUCCUCGUUAUGUGGCUUCCCUUCCAAAUGCCUGCCACUCAGGCUGACCUUUUGUGAGGGUUUGGAAGCAAAUGUUAAGAUUUUAGAUAAUGUAUUAAAGAAAUGUUGAUUCGAAUGGAUUGUAUAUAUCUUAAUCUUUUAUACCUGUACAGUUUUAGAUUUUUAGUUGGUUUUAUAUAGAUUUGAUCAAUUUAAUACAUUUUAUGCUUAGUUAGGUGUCCCCUGAUAGCUGAGGGUUUCCCCUCUGCUAGAUAUUCUAUUGACACGUUAAUAAAGUUCAUUCAUUCAGUCAUUCAUCAUGAAGUAUGAUAUUUUAUGAAGGAUUUUUUAUGUUAAUGCCGUUGACACUCUAACUUUUUAUAGUUACAUAAAACCCUAAUUUUGAAUUAAAGUGAUCUUGUCAAUUAUAGCAUUCAUUUCUAUUCAGUUAUUGCUCCUGAAUCUAGGAUACACUUUUGUUUAACCAACGAAUCGGUUCCUGAAAGAGCACUCCCUUGCGUAAUCCGUAUAAGUAUGUCCAGCGCAAGAGCCCUUCCAGGCUGACAAUAUUUUGUAUCGAAUUUAACCGUCCUGGUUUGAAGUAGCGAAAGGUUUAGGAAAUGCACAUGGGUUUUGGAAACCGUAGCCUGAGAAAACAGUCGACAUUUCGCGACGGGCCUUCGCAACGCCACCACUUGCUUCUCCGCGAAAUGAAUUUUUGCGCUCGUUUCUUUCUUUCUUCCUUCCUUCCUCCCUCUCUUUCUUUCUUUCUUUUUUUCUUUUUUUCCUUCCUUCCUUCCUUCAUUUUUAUUGGUUAAUCCAAGAACAGUUUUAUUUUCUCUCUGCGCACAAAUAGUAAUGGCUAGUCUAGGUGGGCAGUGUCUAUACUAAACCGUAGCCACGUAGCCGCAUACCCCAGGAGUUUGGGUUUGGGUUACGGUUAGGGUUAGGGCUAGGGUUGUGGUUAGAGUUAGUGUUGGGGUAAGUGUCAGUGUUAGGGUUAGCUGCGUAACCCCUUAGCCGCGUAGCCACGUAGUCACUGUUAUAAGGGUACAGCUUCGAAAUGGCCAGGUGUAUAUUCUGCAGUUACUCCACGACAACUACGUUCAUACACUUCCGUAGUUCCCUCAAAACCAUACCCGAUUCCAGACCAAAAUCCCGGGGAAGGGACUCUGCAUAUGAAAGGGGUGGGGAUGCUCGUCGUCUCGCUUAGGGGUGUAAAUUUCGGAUUUUGGUCUCACUUAGGGUGUUCUGGGCAAAACGCCAUCAUACUUAGCCGUGAAGGUCUCGUUUAGGGUUGCACGUAAAAGAAUAUAAAAAUAUAUAUAUUGUCUGUGUUCUUUUAGGAGUUAAAAAAAGCUCGGGCCACGCCUAGAUCGGUCUCCUUUAGGGGUUUCAUUCAAAAUUUCCAAAGAGCAUCCCCACCCCUUUCAUAUGCGGAGUCUCCCCCCCCCCCGGGACCAAAAUGGGCAAAAUGUAAAAGUCGAUGCCCGUUUUCAGAACGAAACAGCGCAUAAACCCUACCCUUUGGGGCGGCACAUAACUAUAUAGCUUGUAUAAGGGACUACUCCCCGGGGCCAGCGGAAGUCCUUUAUAUGUAAUAUGCCCACACAAGCACUGCCAGCAGCAUAUUCCCGUGGUGGGGGGAGGGUACUGCCACAUAUGGGCUAUAUAGGUAUGUGCCGCUGUGAAGGGUAUGAUUUUCAAGCAGUUUACUCUAGGAUAGGGUAUAUAAAUAAGAGCGUUUGGGUCUAGAAUAGGGUAUCAUUUUUCAGGAAACCGAUCAGUUGGUUGAAGAUUUUAUCAAGACUAGGGAAACAGCUACUCUUGGAUAGGGGGGAUUUGGGGAGUUUACUCUAGUAUAGGGUAGCAAAAUUCAGCUGAACUAGCUCUGGUAUAGGUUAAGGGUUCCAGGGUCCCAGCGGCACAUCCCCACAACAGUACCCCCCUCCCCCCCACCGGGAGCAUAUUAUGACUAUUAUGCUACUUCUUCGCGCACAAUCUAUCAGAGCCUAGACGAGAUGCGGCUUGAGUUGAGCAUACUUUGCUUUUUUGUAGCUAAAGAAAAACUAACGAAAUGAAAUUUUUUUUUCAUUUGAUUUAGCUGCUACCCCCCGGGGGGUACUCCCAUAUAUGGGCUAUAUAGGUAAGUGCCGCGGAAUAGGGUGUGGUUUUUGAGGUUCUCGGUCCUUAAAUAGGGUAUCUUUUUUUACCCUUUUGUUUCUGUGUCCCUGGUGUGGUCCUUAGAUAGGGUAGCUUAACUGUAUUAUCUAAUACAGUGAAACCUGUAUUAAGCGGACACUCUCGGGGAAUGCUGUAGUGUCCGCUUAAUACAGGGUGUCCUCCUAAUACAGGUUUUAACAGAUAACGUCAUAUAAGGUGUCAAAUGCCAUUCAAAUGAACAGUGGACACGUUUAGAAUACUCCCAGAGACUAUGACGAUAUACGUUUGCAUUAAUUUCUUUAUUUAAGUAGACCAGUUGAUCAAAGUACCCAACCUCGUCCCCAGGGCUUUUCCCUUAAAAAAUGGGUGGGGCGGGAAAAGGCCCUGGCAUCGGCUGGUCACGUGUCCCCUCGUACACCCUAAAAUCCUGGGUGUAAUAAAUUAGCGCUAUGUGAAAAGCUAAAAUUAUGCGUAACCUCACAGCGCGCGAUCUUGGGCGGCCUUUUAUAUCUCUUGAUGAGUAACGAAAAGUUUUACAAGAUUUCUUUUUUGUCACAGAUACUGGCUAUGGUAAUUUUUUGCUUUCCUCCGAUUUCUAUGAAGGAGACAGCGAGCGGUAAUAUUUGUAAAACUUCCUUUAUAGAGCGAUAUAAUUGACAAACAAGCUAUCUACAUGCAUAAAGUUUAUACUGGCAUGGAAAAGUCCAUUUUCGCGACUCUUUUGAUAUUUUAUUUAUUUCUUGCGAAGUGGACCGCCGUACACAACCUAGUUCUAUUAACCUUGACUCUCAGCCACAUCAUAGCGACACGCGUUGAUUUAGACUUAUCUAGUAUGACCUGUAUUUUUAAAAAAUUCAUUGACCUCUGCGAGACUUGACCGAAACCGGAAACCGUGCAUGAAAAGUUUCUGGCACCCAGGGUAUCAAACGACUGGUAACGAAGAAAGACUUGGGUCCAUUUAAAAUUGACAGAGCUGUAGUUGAUUCCAAUCGAUCGGUCAAUCUUCCCUUUGAUAUAAGGAAAAUCCUUUAUACUUAUCCUCGGAAGAGAAAAGAUAUAAGAGAUCUUAAAAUGUUUCAGAUCGGCGACCUGUCAUCGUUCCUGGCUGGAGGGCUGACUUGCAUCCGGCGCGGAGAUUUGUUUGUUUCAUGGUCGGGUUGUAGAGAAGACCAGACUCCAUAAAGCAUUUUGAUGAACAAUUCUAUUUCAAUUAAGUUCAAUUUGUUUAAAUUCACUGCAGAUCCUAGAGGCAAAGGUCCGCAUUUUUGUUUGACAUUGGACAAAAUCACUUUCUGUUUGAUCGUACAGUAAUUCCACAGUCACGAUGAAUUUCAGUCGAAGUACUCCUCGAUAACAGCUUGUCUCAACUCUGAAGCAUUGACAUAUUUUGUACGUGACAACGUAGAGCCGGUACGCCCUUUCAUAAACUUGUAGCAUUUGAAUAAUACGCAAUAAAAUGGAUUUUAAGCUUUUGAAUCGCACAGACGCGAAAAUAUUGACAUACAGUUCGCGAUAUUAUUAUUUUCCAUUGUUGCUCCGUUCGACUUCUAUCAGCGCAAAACCAGCGGGUUGCAUAUAAAUUAGCUUCUCAGGAAUAUUUAGGCUGUGCACGUGACCAGCCGAUGCCAGGGCCUUUUCCCGCCCCACCCAUUUUUUUAAGGGAAAAGCCCUGGGGACGAGGUUGCAAAGUACCGUAAACAUAGAUUCCAACUAAAAUUUGAAGAAAUCAGAUGAGUGAAACAAGCUCUAUACAUACAAAACGAAAUAGAAAACAUAACUGUGCGGUGAAACUAAUCAAAUAAGUUCGUCAAGUCACGUUUUUUAAGGUAAAAAAUGAAAAUUUGUGUGUGGCAGCCUUUCGCAUUUCCGGUGUCUGGCAUGUUGGAUGGUGGAAUUUAAUUACAAGUGUCCGUUUAAUACAGGUUGGCAACAAUAAAAAUGACCAUUUCAGGUACUUUUUAGGUGUCCGCGUCCGCUUAAUAGAGGUGUCCGCUCAAUAAAGGUUCCAUUUAAAGUAAAUAAGAGAAAUAAAUUUGGGGACUUCGGCUACUGUCCGCUUAAUAGAGGGUGUCCGCUUAAUACGGUGUCCGCUUAAUACAGGUUUCACUGUACUGGAGUGUGAAAACGCCCGCCUAAACGAACAUUUUUUUUUUAAAUUAGGCUUAUUCUAGUAUUUUAUGCUUGAUGCUAUACAUCCAAUGUUACAGAGAAGAAAUAAAGUUUCCCUUUUCAUGCUAUUAAUAAUUUUGUUUUUUCCUUGAAUAGGGUGUCAUUUUUCGGCUUUCGGCCUUAAAAAGGGUAUCAUUUUUCGCUUUCUUAGUCCUUUUACGAACCUUCGCGGCAUACCCCUAUCCAAAAUUCGCCGGAGUACCCCCCACUUCCCCCGGGCUGCUACCAAAGAGCAGCGAGUCUCAAGUUCUAGAACGAAACGAGGGAGCCUGGAACGAGGGUUUACUUGGACCUAGUUUUCUCUCGGCGCAACUUGAAAUAUUCGCCCAGGUACAAAAUCAAAAACGGAGUGGCGCAGUAUGUUUCCCUCGCACUUUUCAGUUAAUGAUUUCGGCGUGUUUGCCGUUGUAUUGGUGUUUGGAUUGAUAGUUAUUCUCCUUUUCACGUUUGACUUUGUGAGUAUGCUUAAUAAGUGGCAAGCGCACUUCGCCAUGCAGAUGAACACAAGUAAACAGUGAUUUUGUGCUAAAAUGGGGAGCUGCAUGUUUGGAAGAGAAUUCAUUCUACUCCACGUAUGCAAAAUUUAGUUAAAAUGGAAAAAAUACUGGUAUUCUCUGUCCAAGGCCAGCUGAUUCUUUUUUUCCUUCCUUCCUUCCUUCAUUUUUAUUGGUUAAUCCAAGAACAGUUUUAUUUUCUCUCUGCGCACAAAUAGUAAUGGCUAGUCUAGGUGGGCAGUGUCUAUACUAAACCGUAGCCACGUAGCUGCAUACCCCAGGAGUUUGGGUUUGGGUUACGGUUAGGGUUAGGGCUAGGGUUGUGGUUAGAGUUACUGUUGGGGUAAGUGUCAGUGUUAGGGUUAGCUGCGUAGCCCCUUAUAUUUUCCGCGUAGCCACGUAGCCACGUAGUCACUGUUAUAGAGGUACAGCUUCGAAAUGGCCAAGUGUAUAUUCUGCAGUUACUCCACGACACUACGUUCAUACACUCCCGUAGUUCCCUCAAAACCAUACCCGAUUCCAGACCAAAAUCCCGGGGAAGGGACGGGGAAGGGACUCUGCAUAUGAAAGGGGUGGGGAUGUUCGUUGUCUCGCUUAGGGGUGUAAAUUUCGGAUUUUGGUCUCACUUAGGGUGUUCUGGGCAAAACGCCAUCAUACUUAGCCGUGAAGGUCUCGUUUACGGUUGCACGUAAAAAAAUAUAAAAAUAUAUAUAUUGUCUGUGUUCUUUUAGGAGUUAAAAAAAGCUCGGGCCACGCCCAGAUCGGUCUCCUUUAGGGGUUUAAUUCCAAAUUUCCAACGAGCAUCCCCACCCCUUUCAUAUGCGGAGUCCCCCCCCCCGGGACCAAAAUGGGCAAAAUGUAAAAGUCGAUGCCCGUUUUCAGAACGAAACAGCGCAUAAACCCUACUCUUUGGGGCGGCACAUACCUAUAUAGCUUGUAUAAGGGAGUACUCCCCGGGGCCAGCGGAAGUCCUUUAUAUGUAAUAUGCCCCCACAAGCACUGCCAGCAGCAUAUUCCCGUGGUGGGGGGAGGGUACUGCCAUAUAUGGGCUAUAUAGGUAUGUGCCGCUGUGAAGGGUAUGAUUUUCAAGCAGUUUACUCUAGGAUAGGGUAUAUAAAUAAGAGCGUUUGGGUCUAGAAUAGGGUAUCAUUUUUCAGGAAACCGAUCAGUUGGUUGAAGAUUUUAUCUAGACUAGGGAAACAGCUACUCUUGGAUAGGGGGGAUUUGGGGAGUUUACUCUAGUAUAGGGUAGCAAAAUUCAGCUGAACUAGCUCUGGUAUAGGUUAAGGGUUCCAGGGUCCCAGCGGCACAUCCCCACAACAGUACCCCCCUCCCCCCCACCGGGAGCAUAUUAUGACUAUUAUGCUACUUCUUCGCGCACAAUCUAUCAGAGCCUAGACGAGAUGCGGCUUGAGUUGAGCAUACUUUGCUUUUUUGUAGCUAAAGAAAAACUAACGAAAUGAAAUUUUUUUUUCAUUUGAUUUAGCUGCUACCCCCCGGGGGGUACUCCCAUAUAUGGGCUAUAUAGGUAAGUGCCGCGGAAUAGGGUGUGGUUUUUGAGGUUCUCGGUCCUUAAAUAGGGUAUCUUUUUUUACCCUUUUGUUUCUGUGUCCCUGGUGUGGUCCUUAGAUAGGGUAGCUUAACUGUAUUAUCUAAUACAGUGAAACCUGUAUUAAGCGGACACUCUCGGGGAAUGCUGUAGUGUCCGCUUAAUACAGGGUGUCCUCCUAAUACAGGUUUUAACAGAUAACGUCAUAUAAGGUGUCAAAUGCCAUUCAAAUGAACAGUGGACACGUUUAGAAUACUCCCAGAGACUAUGACGAUAUACGUUUGCAUUAAUUUCUUUAUUUAAGUAGACCAGUUGAUCAAAGUACCCAACCUCGUCCCCAGGGCUUUUCCCUUAAAAAAUGGGUGGGGCGGGAAAAGGCCCUGGCAUCGGCUGGUCACGUGUCCCCUCGUACACCCUAAAAUCCUGGGUGUAAUAAAUUAGCGCUAUGUGAAAAGCUAAAAUUAUGCGUAACCUCACAGCGCGCGAUCUUGGGCGGCCUUUUAUAUCUCUUGAUGAGUAACGAAAAGUUUUACAAGAUUUCUUUUUUGUCACAGAUACUGGCUAUGGUAAUUUUUUGCUUUCCUCCGAUUUCUAUGAAGGAGACAGCGAGCGGUAAUAUUUGUAAAACUUCCUUUAUAGAGCGAUAUAAUUGACAAACAAGCUAUCUACAUGCAUAAAGUUUAUACUGGCAUGGAAAAGUCCAUUUUCGCGACUCUUUUGAUAUUUUAUUUAUUUCUUGCGAAGUGGACCGCCGUACACAACCUAGUUCUAUUAACCUUGACUCUCAGCCACAUCAUAGCGACACGCGUUGAUUUAGACUUAUCUAGUAUGACCUGUAUUUUUAAAAAAUUCAUUGACCUCUGCGAGACUUGACCGAAACCGGAAACCGUGCAUGAAAAGUUUCUGGCACCCAGGGUAUCAAACGACUGGUAACGAAGAAAGACUUGGGUCCAUUUAAAAUUGACAGAGCUGUAGUUGAUUCCAAUCGAUCGGUCAAUCUUCCCUUUGAUAUAAGGAAAAUCCUUUAUACUUAUCCUCGGAAGAGAAAAGAUAUAAGAGAUCUUAAAAUGUUUCAGAUCGGCGACCUGUCAUCGUUCCUGGCUGGAGGGCUGACUUGCAUCCGGCGCGGAGAUUUGUUUGUUUCAUGGUCGGGUUGUAGAGAAGACCAGACUCCAUAAAGCAUUUUGAUGAACAAUUCUAUUUCAAUUAAGUUCAAUUUGUUUAAAUUCACUGCAGAUCCUAGAGGCAAAGGUCCGCAUUUUUGUUUGACAUUGGACAAAAUCACUUUCUGUUUGAUCGUACAGUAAUUCCACAGUCACGAUGAAUUUCAGUCGAAGUACUCCUCGAUAACAGCUUGUCUCAACUCUGAAGCAUUGACAUAUUUUGUACGUGACAACGUAGAGCCGGUACGCCCUUUCAUAAACUUGUAGCAUUUGAAUAAUACGCAAUAAAAUGGAUUUUAAGCUUUUGAAUCGCACAGACGCGAAAAUAUUGACAUACAGUUCGCGAUAUUAUUAUUUUCCAUUGUUGCUCCGUUCGACUUCUAUCAGCGCAAAACCAGCGGGUUGCAUAUAAAUUAGCUUCUCAGGAAUAUUUAGGCUGUGCACGUGACCAGCCGAUGCCAGGGCCUUUUCCCGCCCCACCCAUUUUUUUAAGGGAAAAGCCCUGGGGACGAGGUUGCAAAGUACCGUAAACAUAGAUUCCAACUAAAAUUUGAAGAAAUCAGAUGAGUGAAACAAGCUCUAUACAUACAAAACGAAAUAGAAAACAUAACUGUGCGGUGAAACUAAUCAAAUAAGUUCGUCAAGUCACGUUUUUUAAGGUAAAAAAUGAAAAUUUGUGUGUGGCAGCCUUUCGCAUUUCCGGUGUCUGGCAUGUUGGAUGGUGGAAUUUAAUUACAAGUGUCCGUUUAAUACAGGUUGGCAACAAUAAAAAUGACCAUUUCAGGUACUUUUUAGGUGUCCGCGUCCGCUUAAUAGAGGUGUCCGCUCAAUAAAGGUUCCAUUUAAAGUAAAUAAGAGAAAUAAAUUUGGGGACUUCGGCUACUGUCCGCUUAAUAGAGGGUGUCCGCUUAAUACGGUGUCCGCUUAAUACAGGUUUCACUGUACUGGAGUGUGAAAACGCCCGCCUAAACGAACAUUUUUUUUUUAAAUUAGGCUUAUUCUAGUAUUUUAUGCUUGAUGCUAUACAUCCAAUGUUACAGAGAAGAAAUAAAGUUUCCCUUUUCAUGCUAUUAAUAAUUUUGUUUUUUCCUUGAAUAGGGUGUCAUUUUUCGGCUUUCGGCCUUAAAAAGGGUAUCAUUUUUCGCUUUCUUAGUCCUUUUACGAACCUUCGCGGCAUACCCCUAUCCAAAAUUCGCCGGAGUACCCCCCACUUCCCCCGGGCUGCUACCAAAGAGCAGCGAGUCUCAAGUUCUAGAACGAAACGAGGGAGCCUGGAACGAGGGUUUACUUGGACCUAGUUUUCUCUCGGCGCAACUUGAAAUAUUCGCCCAGGUACAAAAUCAAAAACGGAGUGGCGCAGUAUGUUUCCCUCGCACUUUUCAGUUAAUGAUUUCGGCGUGUUUGCCGUUGUAUUGGUGUUUGGAUUGAUAGUUAUUCUCCUUUUCACGUUUGACUUUGUGAGUAUGCUUAAUAAGUGGCAAGCGCACUUCGCCAUGCAGAUGAACACAAGUAAACAGUGAUUUUGUGCUAAAAUGGGGAGCUGCAUGUUUGGAAGAGAAUUCAUUCUACUCCACGUAUGCAAAAUUUAGUUAAAAUGGAAAAAAUACUGGUAUUCUCUGUCCAAGGCCAGCUGUCAAAGUUGCCCGUGGGAUGCUCAAUUUUUUUAUGCAUAAAGCGUCAGUCCAGUUCAGCUGUGCCCAUUCUCCCCCACCCCACCGUGCCCAGGGGUCAGGCAUUUGCAAACCCCGAGGCUGCCCCCAUGAUUUUUAAGGCAUAUACAUAGUUUCUGACUCAAAAUCCAAACACGGGGGAAUUUACAUGAAUAGACAUGCAGAUUAGUUCAUUUGUUAGAAAAAAAAAAUUUAGAGUAAAAUUUUUUAGAGCUUCUCUUCACUUUAUCUAGCCAGAUCAGAGUUGUUGUAGCGAGGUCGAGAGCAAUCAACAUGGAAGUUUACACCUUAUUAAUUAUUAUUUUUUAAUCAACGAUGUGAAUAGCCUGUGAACAGCAGCAGACGCAUUUCCUCUGCUGUUCACAGGCUACGAUGUGAAUGACUUUAUUUUUACUAUUAUGAGUUAUUUUAAAGGUGAAAAGUAAUUGGCUAGUGUUAUUAAAGACAAUUAAAGACAGAGAGGCAUACAUCUAAGUCUGAUGUUUAUCACAUCAUUGCUAGGGUUCCAUAUGGUGGAUAAUAAAAAUGCAAGCUAGAUUUUAAUUUAGUGAUUUACAUUUUACAGAGGAAUUCAUCCAAAGGUCCAUGUAUUCCAGGAGUGGAACCUUCAGAUCCUGUGUGAGUAAAGGAUGCCUAGCUAGAAUGGGAACUGUUAGGGAUAAAAUCCAUUCCCACAUUAAAACCAAAAAUAAAAUAUUGUAGUACUAUUUUCUCUCUCUUUUUUUGUGAUGACUCACUUUUUGGGAUGCCCUUCAAAAUAGGAGCCAUGUGGUUACUGGAAAAAGUUAAUUUCAAUUGCCCUUGCUGGCAUUUUUGUUUUUCUCUUUCUGCAGGAAUGGUAAUUUGCCUGACAUAGCAAAGGCUGGUAGUGUUCAUGAGUAUUUGAUUGAACUGCAUGAGAAAUAUGGCGAGAUAGUCAGCUUCUGGUGGGGAAAGGAAUAUGCUGUCAGUUUAUCAUCAGUUGAUUACUGGAAAGAAAUACAACCAAUCUUUGACAAGCCUUGUAAGACAAAUUAAAUAAUAUUGAUUGUUUACCUCAAAUGUUAAUUUUUAUGUGUUCAAAAAUAUUUUGCUGUUUCUGAUUAGCUUUAAUCUCUCCACUAAUUCUUUGUAACCAGCUGACACUGACCGAAUUUGGAAAUUGUGGGCAAUAUAUAUCAACAUCAGUCACUCUCGAGGCACUCUUGCAGUAGCAGAACUGAAGAAAAUAGUUCAAAAGAGUUCCAAAUUACAGUCAUGGAACCUAUUUUCAGGGGACACGGGGGGGAUUGAAGCAAAUCUCCCCAGAAUAGAGGUUGAUCUGGGACUUGUUAAUAAUUAACCAACAAAGACUUCAUGAAAAAACUGUAACAAUAAUAUUAUAAACUUCAUCCCUGCAUCAUAAUCAUUAUGUGUUGAAUUCACACUUAGUGCAUUACAUCUAUUUAAGGUAUUUAGAAAGUUCAGUUUGUGAAAGCUUCCACAAUUGUGAUUACCUUACUUCAAGAUAUCAACCCUCUUGGUGUUCAGUCAUUUUUUCAGUGUUAAGGUGUCUCCUGAAUGAAGGUUAAACCCAGGUUUUGGGUCCCAGAAAAAGUGUCCCUUUCCCCUGAAUAGAGGGGUCCCCCCAACAGGGAUAAUAGAUACAAGGAUUAUGUGGAUGUUUUUCAGGGGCCAAAUUUUGUGUCCCCUGGAGGUGUGCCUCCCAAAGGAGAGGUUCCUCGACUGUACUGACUAAGCACCUGCUAACAAUGAAAGGAACAAAUGCAAAAAUCAUCUGUUCGUAAAUAUUCUAAACUGUGUCAAGAAACAGUCAAAUGUUUGAAGAAAGUCUACUUACUAGCAUAGGAAGGAAAGAGAAUCAAGUUUAUGUUUAAUUAUUUGUCUCAUUCAUAUAGAAUCAUUGCACAUCAAGAUAAAUAUAAUUCAUGCAAAGUACAGACAAUCAAAUAUGUUGGAUUUAUUUUCAUCAAUCACAGUUUAUCAGUUUAUAAAAAAAAUAUUUUAAUAAUAAUUAUAUUAUUAUUAUUUGUGACUUCAAAUUAAAAAUUUUGAGAAGAAAAAAAUGCAGCAACAUUGAGAAACAUUUUUACUUUUGCCUUUAAUUUAGUAUAAAUUGUUAUUAUAUGUUAUUUAUACAGAUGAGCAGUUCAAGUUUUUUGAACCUCUUUUGGGAGGAAAGAGUCUGACUUAUAAAAAUGGACUAGAAGCACGCAAGAAAAGGCAGUUGGUCGAUCGUAGUUUCAGUCAUGAUGCAGUGAUGAACUAUUAUGAACAGUUUACUCAGGUUUUGUUUUGUUUUCUUUCCUUAGUAAUUUUUGCCCAUUAUUUUGAUUAAUUUCUUUAUUUUAUAAAACAGUCUAAUCCAAGUCUAAAAGACAAAGGUAGCGAGACAUCAAACAUAACAGUUAUAUCUUCUUAGCCUGAGAUAACAACUUAUGUUUCACAGUGCCUUACUAUUGGCUCAUUUCACCAUAACCUUACCUAGUAGUGGUGGCAUGAAAUAUUAGCUGUUUUUCAUAGCUUAUACUGAUGGUCUUUAAGAGUACUUUUAUAGGGGUUUGUCAUUUACAGUGUAACAGUGGUAAACCUGGGAGUUAAUUCAUCAAUCUCUUUUACUACUAUUCCUUGAAUUAUGUUCAUAGCUUGUGAUCAUAAUUAUGAUUGACAGCAGUGAAAAAUGCUGCAAAAUGUAAGCUUGCUUUCAAAUUUCAGCGUUUACGUGUUAUUGAAAAGUGCGGUGAGCAUUUUAUGGCAAUAAAAGUAAAUAUUAUUAUUAAUAAUUUUAAACUUGAUUUUAUUGGUAAUUAUAACCACAUUGAUGUGUUAUCAUCAAUCAGUUUAUCAUUGAUGCAGAUUUUUCUUCCUUUUCAUUCGCCAAGAGCCCACCACGUGACCUGCAAUUAACUGCCUACAAAUAAUGGUCUGCUCAUGCUCAGUGUCAUCCAACUGUGUUUGGCUACAAAUAAUAUUCUGCCCAUGCAUAAAUAAAACCGCACUUUUCUCCUUCUUUGUAUCGCUCUUGCUUGAAAAUAGCAGAUCUCUUUGCUUCUCGAAGAAAUUCAUUAACAAACACAAACUCAGUGAUCGAACGAUAAAAAAAUUAUUGAACUCCAGUUAUCACAAAAUAUCUUGAUUGGUCAGUGUGUCUCACAGAUCAAUUGUUUGCCGAAGCUGAAGGCUCACCACUGACAAAAUCAUAAUUUUGGUCAACCUCGUCCAAAAAUAAUUGUUAAAUAUUUUCAUCUCAUUUCAAUCUGUAGAUUGCCAAAGAAAUGGUUGCGAAAUUUGCCACAUUUGCGGUGAAUCAGGAGCAUAUUCCUCUUGGAGAAUCUAUGAUCACCAUGGCUAUAAAAGCCAUCUCUGUUGCAGGAAUGGGACGCUUCUUUAUGGAUGAGAAGGAGAUUCAGAAGUUAACAUCAGCAUAUGAAGAUGUAUGUACAUAAAUAGUGAUUCAGUUUAUUAUUGCCAUCUUUCCUUUGGUGUUUAUAAUAGGUCUUUAUCUUGAGGUCUUUAUUAUUAAUUGGCAAAAAUUCAUGUUUGUACUUAAACUAAUAAACCUACAUUUAAUUUGCACAAGUUAAAAACGAAUUAAAAAGCUAUAAAAAGAGUACAAAAAGCUUAAAAUUCCGUUUAACUAUUAACAUUAUCAUUAAAAAACCACAUUCACAUUAAAUUGCUUCUUGUUUGUCUUUAAAAUAGAGCUUAUUGAUGAAACUAUUUUUAAAUUACUGGUUAUUAACCCUAGGGAACUAGCUGCUUAGAACUCCGACUAGACGUUCAAAAAAGUCCUUCGUCGGAUUUCAUAUGGCGCAGGAUGAAGGACUUUUCAUACUUGAUUGGCGCCAAUUUUACCGACCUAAAAACGCGUUGGUGCGCUUGGACCAAUCAGAGUAGCUCCCAAGGACCCUUGAAAAUAAAGCUGUCACCCACAAGUACUGAGCACAAUGAAACGUGACUUGCGGUUCCAAUUCCAACAUGGGGUCAAUUGCGAAGUGGAAGGUGUUGACAGGCUAAACAGACUCAUAAGCUCGUGAUAGUGUGAUAUGUGACCUUAUAGUUUUGCUCUAACAAGGAUAUCUCCCAGCUAUUUUGCUCUUUUAUAUGAAAUGAUGGGAAGCUCGUUGUAUAUUUCACACAGUAGCGGUUGAUCUUGAAUUAAGUGCCAUUUGCUCAUUAAAAUGUUUUUAAGGUUCUGCAAAGCAGGGUGGUACGUGGUAACGAAAGGCGCCAAAUUUUCUUUCGCACUUCAUUUUUCUUUUGUAAAGCUGACUUCCUUUCGGUAAAUUUAACCUCAGAGGUGAUUUUUUCUAUGAGAUUGUGAGGGUAUUACCUCUAGCGUGAAGGCAUUUUUUGAAGUUGUAAAUGUUUUCAUAGAAGGAUUUAGCUGAGGAGUAAGUUCUCAUAAGUCUUAGGGCUUCGCCCUUUAUGAGACCUUUUCUGACCACGUAAUGGUUACAGGAAGAGAAAUGCAUGUAUUGAAAAGUCUCUGUGGGUUUAAAAUGUGUGCAGAUGUCAAGGAUUCCUUUGGUUUGAAAUCUCCUUUCCCAGUAUUGACUCGAGAUAAUUGAAACAAGCUUUUGCUUUUUUCCGGCCCCUUGAGGUUGUCAACUUUCGCACAAGUAAACAAAUUUGCUCCGUCGAUGAUGGAGAUACACACACACGUUCAAUAGAUUUAGUCGGAGUGGAAUCAGCACAUUCCGCCAUUGAAAAUGAAACCUGAAACCCAAAAUGCAAGUCACGCCACUCCCCAUUUUUGGCGCGAAAUGCAAAUGGAAACCCAUCAAACGAGACAAGUCGACCUCUCGUGACUUCGUCGCUUGCGGUCGGCCGCAUUGCGGCCAAACAAGACUCGCUCCACUCGCCGAGAGGUCGACUUGUAGCAAGUCUAAACUCGGAUGGGCACCGAGCUUUCUUUUGUUUUUGGGAGGGAAGGAUGCAAAGGGUGGCUGGGCAUGCUGGACAUGUUCUUACAUUGCGCACGAACGGUUUCUUCUCAGACAUCAUAUUUAUAUGUUAAUCGUUUUUGCUUUUUAUAUUUGAAGUGCUGGCAUGAGAUGGAGGUGCAUCUGGCUGGUCCCAGUCCCUCUCCUGACAGUGACAGAGAAAAAAAAUUUCAACAAGGUACUGUAUAGAGUAUUGUCUUAAAUGAUUGUAAUGAAACUGGAAUUGCUGGAGCACUGAAGAACUGCAUCAUUAAGUUGUACAUAAGCUUAUUGCCUACCUCAAACCUUAACCCUUCUGAAAUUUUCAAUUCAUAAAAUGAAAGCUUGUGAAUUAGCUUAAAUGGAAACUUUAUAGGUAGAAGGUAAAUGAAUGGGUACAAACUGGGCCCAGUUGUUCAAAGGCAGAUUAGCGCUGCUAACCCAGGGUUUAGUUCUGCUCCUAGGUCUCUUUUUCUUUUGUUCAAAAGUAUUUUCCAGUAUAAUUUUCUCUAUUCUUUUUAGAGCAUCCAGUCUUCAAAUUGUACACAAAAAAAUAAAACUAUUUUGCUUUUUAAGCUUCAUAUCUGAAUUCAAAUUUCACCCAUCCCUGAACAACUGUAAAACAUUGAGGACCCCCCACAUGUGGGACUGCACCUGGGGAGGGGGGAGGUAGUCAAGCAAUUGAACGUAUAGGUUAACUGCUAAGGGUUUGAAAUCCUGACCUGUUUUAGGACAAAGAACCAAAUUCACCUUGUCUUGUUUUAAGUCGUUUAUUGCAAAUGCAACAGCUAUUGCUUCUUAAUACAUGUACUUUAGGUACAAACCAUUUUCAUCGAAAAUGCAAGUGAAAUUAAUCAUGUAUGCCUUACCCUGUUGUUAGUUAGGACAGACUUGCGUGAAAUUAUUUAACCGUCAGAUUAGGACAAGAGUACAUUGGAUGAAUUGAAUAUGGUAUGGGGAUGCUUUAAACCUUGUGAUUACCUCAUUCAUAUGACUAAAUUUUUACUGCCCGAACAUAAAUACGACAAUAUGUCAUAUCAACAGGGUUUUACUGCCUAAACUUAUGGUGUAUGGUGUAACUCUAGCGUCUGUUUACUUUUUAACAGGUGAAAAAUCUCUUGUUACCACAGUUGCAGAUUAAGCAAAUUUAAUUUUGAUUUAUUUUCCAUCAGGAAGAACAUACAUGAAAGAGACGGUCAAAAAUAUGAUGAACAGGAGAAGACAGGAGGAACAUAAGGAUGAAACAUUGUUCCUUGAUUCCAUUUUGGAUUGUGAUCUAAUGGAUGAAGAGGAGGUAACAGCUGAAGCUCAUCUUUUGUCUGUUUUUGAAGACUUUUUUCCAAAAUGGCCUUUUUCGCCUCAAAAUCCAAAAUCUGAAGUGAUUGUUCCAAAAACCAAAUUAAGAGAAUGCAACAAAGUCUUGAGUGUCCUGUACUGUAGGAGAAUGCAACAAACUCCUGGGCAUCCUGUGCUAACAAGUGGUGAUCUUUUUUGUUGUUCAUGUCACUUGUUUGCCUUUUCAUCACUUUCUUUAGUUCAAAGAGGUUGCAUGAUGGCUGAUGACCUGAUAUUUAAUAUAUAGUUUGCAUAAUUUUGCAUGAGAAAUGUUUAUCAACCAGCAUGUUUAGUGUUAGCACAUGUGGAAUUUAAUCAUUACUUUGAACUGUUGUAGUUUUACAAAUUUCAUUCAUUUCAAUUUUUUGAGCUAUCAUCAAAUUUACCCUGUGGUACUGUGGCAUUUUCGUGCACAUCAAUUGAAAGAUACUCUUACCUGGAACGCACUCUACGAUCUACGAUUGCUAAUAGUUUUAGCCCUGCAUGGUCAUUCUGACUGUUAAUCAAGUUUUCACUUAAUGAAUUAUACCGCCUCUUUCUCCUCAACAUGUGACAAACAUUUCGAAGGCAUAAUAACCCCACCCCCUUCCAAGUUGUCUUUCUCAAUAAGUACCUUUAAACUCCUGGGCCCAGUUGUUUGAAGGCCGAUUAGGGCUUAACCCGGGGUUAAAUUUAACCCUGGUUUCUUUUUCUUGUGUUCAAAAGCAUUUUCUCGUAUAAUUGUCUCCGUUAUUUUUAGAGCUUCCAAUCGUCAGCUUGUAGACAAAAAGAAUUAAAACUGAAAUGCUUUUUAAACUUUCAAAUCUGAAUUCAAAUCUCGCACUAAUCCUGGGUUAUCUUAAACCAGCUUUGAACAACUCGGCCCUGAACAAUAGAUGAGCGUGGGGGAGGUGCCUGAGUAGCUGGUGGAGCCCAGAACUGCAGCCGAGAGAAGUGGGUAACCAUGACAACCCUGUUAGGGGCAUCCACCCAGGCACCGUCACACUGCUAACCAGUGGAAAUUAAAUAUACUUACCAAAGGGAAGGGUUGGAAGGGAGCUGAAGUAAAUACAAGCGAACGUUUUCACGUAAUACAACACGAGCGAAACAAGAUGACCUCAACACGAUAGCAUUAAAAUCCCAGCUACCCAGGCGAGAGGUCCAUGACUACUCCCGGUGCAUUGUCUCGAAUUUAACUUUGCCUAAAUUGCAUUCAGCCACAUAAAUCAUAUGAGUGAGUAGCCUACGUAGCAGGCGCUCGUACUUAACAUGAGUGCAAGAAAGAACGAGGUGCGCGGGGGGAGGGGGGCACGCGAGGGAAAUUUGUAGCCGCAGUGUCUGAUCACUGGCAAAAAAGUGAGAAGGUAAGAGGACAUAGGGAAAAAGAGAUAGUGGGGAGACAGAGAUUCUUUAAAUACCUUUUUUCCCACUUACUCAUUUAGUUGUCGUAAAAUUUGUGAAAAAAGAUCUCUCUUACCCCCAGACACCUUCAGGUAAUUCCUUCAGAAUUGCUGUUGUAUUUUUUUCAGUUAAACGUAAGUAGUUAGUCAAUAAUACUUAAAGCAUGUUACUCCGCCUUUUACAGAUAUAGAAUCUCCCAAUAAAGCACUUUAGACGUGCCAUCAUGAAUGGUUUAUUUUUUCUCUUUCUGUUCUGGAGAUGUCUGGCUCCAUAAGACUGUAACUAUCGCCCACAAAUGUUACCCAUAAUUUGUUGCAGGCCUCUUAAGGGUUUAACGUUGAUGAAAUCUUUUUUUUUGUAAUGAUUAUUUUGCAGAUGAAUGACACCGUCAUUACUUUUCUAGUCGGAGGUUUCCACACAACAGGAUUCAGUAAGUGCACUGGACCCUUGGUUAUUUUCAGAACCCAUUUACAGUGUUAACGUUAUUUUAACCCGCUAAAUAGAUAUUUAAUUAAACGCCGCGACGUUUGUUAUAUUUUUAGCGUUUCCGCUCUGACGUUUAUUCAAGGAUGGCGUUUGUUUCAAACUUGCAUUUCUCAUAUAAAUGACAACAAUUACGAUAAAUCAUUUGUAAAUUUUUAUUACUGUAAAACAGAAAGAUGUUACAAGUUCCAACGUCUCGCUUUUUUUUGCUGAGAUAGAAUCGUAAUUGACUGGUUGGUGUAAAUUACCAAGUGUACCGAGUUUUUCCUCACAAUUCUCGAACAAACGCCGCAUCCUUCUGAUUCGGUGCCGUUUUUAUUGGUAAUUUUAGUUCCUAAAUUGCGAAGAUUAAUAGGGUAAAUAGUGUUUACCUAGCAUUUCGAACUGUAAGGACGAUAACGUCUGAAGUUAUUUCCAUAUUUUCUUUCCUUUUCUCAGCUAGAAUACAGUCAAACCGGUAUUAAGCAAACCACUAUUAAACGGUUACCCUCUAGUAAGUGGUCACAUUACCAAAGACCGUCAACACCCGAAAAUCUGUAAAACUAACCUGAAGUAGGCAGUCACCUCAGUCCAUUAAGCAAUCGCAGUAGACUGCGAGUAGUCCCUCUUCAGUCAGUCGGGUCUAAGCUCGGCAGGACUGGAGAGAGCGAAAUGGCUCAGAGGGAAACUGAAGAGAGAUGGUCAAUGGAAACUGGAGAGAGUAAAUGACCGGUUUCCCCUCGGCUUCUCGUUUUUUUUUUUUUUCGCUCGCUUCUCUCGAUUUCCUUGCUCGCGUGACCAUCCUGUGGGACUGCGCGCAGUCUACAAUCGCAGUCACCUUCUCCGAGGGCCCAACAAAUUAUUUUCGUCGUCUUCAGCUCUAUUUAACGGUCACCAUGACAACUAGUGCAACGGAUAUAACCUGCACGGUGUUAAGUGGUCUUUUACAGGUCGAUUUGUCGCCCUUUCAUCAUCUUCAUUUUCUUGAGUAUUCGUAGGUUUGUUAAACCUGGCCGGCAUUCCCUAGGGGUGACCAUUAGUUGUUAUUACUAGUUUUGUAUCCACCAAACAUUUUUUUGUCUUGUAGUGAUGACUUGGUGUUUGUAUUACCUGACGAAACAUCCUGAGAUCCAAGAGAAAGUUUACAAGGAACUUGAAGACGUCCUGGGAGAUGAGGACAUCAAACCACAAGUUGCCUCUCAACUGAAGUAAAACUAAUAAAUGUAUCCAUUCAGCAACUGAUUAGUCCCCUUCUCCGGUCGUCUCUAUUUGGAUCGCACGUGGAAGACGCGCGGGACGCGAGAAGCGUGACCGAAGGGAGCGCGAGGGGUAAUAAGAGGGCCAUCCUUCCCAUCACCCCUCGCGCUCUCCUUGACAGGUGACUGAGAGACGACCGGGGACGAGUCAGAUUUAUCAUCAUUCAUUCCAUUGGUGACAAUGUUAAAUUAGAAUUAUUUAUAAGUGGGUCUUUUGGUAUUUGGUUUUGCAUUUUAAUCAGAGUCAUUUGUUGUACAGUAAGUUGUGAAACAAAAGAUUCACAAAUAGAAACCCUCAUUUUCGCCAACAGUUUGAAUAGGUUGUUUGCUACAACACAGAGUGGACACUGGUUCUUAUAAAUUAAUGGUGGUUAUUUUGUGCAAUUUCAGUCUGCCGGUGAUUUGUUGUACGAUGAUGUCCUACAUCAUACAGCGCAUGCUCUGUAAGGGAUGCUAUCGUUUCCACCGUUUUAGCAUUUUGGUGUGGACGGGCAAAAACGAUUCUAAUACGCUCCGUGUGUGGACGCAAUUUUUUUCGAAAACGAAGAAAAAGUCUUCGCUUUUAAAAGUAUUCGGAGACGUGAAGACAUAGCCUAAGUCUGUUUGCUCAUAAAUUUUAUUGCAGGUAUACUCGUCAAGUGAUAGAUGAGACUCUCCGUUGUUCUGUCUUGGCGCCGUGGGGGGCGAGAAUCCAUGAAUACGAUCUUCAAGUGGGCGAGUUUGUAAUUCCAAAAGAGGUACAGUUAGCCUUCUGACACAGUUGUUGUCCUAAUACGUCCGCUCCAGAAAUUUCUGUUGACUAGGAACCAUCCUUCUAAAGCACUAUUCUUUUUUGGAUCGUUUUAAACUACGGCCCGCUUUAUCGGUAUGGUAGUUUGCUAGCUUCCAACGGCGACUAUUAUCCAAUCACAGCUCUUCAGGCCACCCAAGCAACUGGAUAAAUUCAUUUCUAAAAGUUGGUUUCCAGUCGUGUUUGAGUUUCUUUAGUGAUAAAUAGGCUUAGCAAGUGGCGUUUUGUGCGAUUUGUCAGUGAGUGUUGCAAGUGGAUUGAAACUACCACGGUGGUUAAACUAGAAGCCAGUUUAAUGACUGUAAUUAAUCUUAGAAUAAAAUGAAAGCUCAAAUAAAAUUUAAAAUAUAUUUUUGCUUGUGUACCUCCGCAGACGCCAAUUCUUCUUCCCUUUGGAAUUGUUCUUCAAGAUCCAGAGUUGUGGCCAGAGCCCAAAAGGUAAAACAGUUCGGAAUUUCUCAGUUUGCCAGCAGUCGAACAGUCUCUUAUGUUGUUGAAAGUUACUGUGACUAAUUAAUAACUCGUAGGUUCGAGAAGAAAAGGAAGACUGCAAAACUAGUUUAGGUAAUUGCGUUCGAGGUACGAGAACGCAACCCCUAAUUUAUGUUGGGUGUUCUGUGGCCAUGCGGGACAUACCCGGGUGGCUAAGAAAAUUCCUACCACUUUUCAACCAUUCUUGAGUAAAUCCUUGGUUACAACUAAGUUGCUCUGUUUUUCCCCAUGAUAUAUCCAGUUUCUUCAAGUUCUGAUUGUUAUUUUGUUGUUCUUGUGAUCAGGGGAAGGGGCAAGUUACUUCAUUUUUCUGUUAGUUAGUUUACAUUUUUGAAAUUUGUUCCAGUGGUUGACCCAUGUAACCUAAUCUGGAGCGUGAUGUUAUCUUUAAACAGAUAGAGGUUUUGUUCCGUUUAGACAGGGUCUUGCAACAGCAUUUGUAAGUAAGACUGAAUUGUUGACGCAUGGGUAGACCAAUUCUUUGCCACGUACCCUAACUGCAGAAAGUGAGAUAACUUUUGCCAGUAAAGAAAAAUGACACCCUGUAAUAUUUUUCAGGUUUGAUCCUGAUCGUUUCAGUCCAGAGAACAUUAAAGAGCUUCCAAGCCUCGCUUACCAACCGUUUGGGUUUGCUGGUAAACGUAAAUGUCCCGGAUGGAGGUUCUCAAUCGCUGAAGGGCUCGUGUUUCUUGCUGUCCUCAUUAAACGGUUCAAGUUUCAUCUCGUAGAGGGACAACAGGUCAAACCGGUUCAUGGACUGGUCACCUCACCAGCCGAGGAAAUCUGGGUUACAGUAACAAAGAGAUUAAUAGAAAACUAGUCGGUGCUCCAGACGUGUUUCAUCUAAAGCCUUUUCGGUAGCGAGCGCGGCAAUGUUUGUCUCUAAUGG